GGCGCUGCUGGGGACCGAUCCAUGCGUCAUCGGCAGCUGGCUGAUGCCCACCGCCGAUGCCGCGCGGGGACUCCCAGCCGGAGAGACCCCGGAGCACCACGCGCAUGGCGCAUCGGUUGCGCUCCUCGGGCGGCUGAUUCUGGCGCACACAUCAGAGGCCGGGAGCCCAUAUCGCGAUGGAGAGUUCCGGCGACUGAUGGAAGCUACGCUGGCAUACUCGGAGGGGACGCCUUUGGAUGACCUGGUUCGCAAGGUCGGCGACGUGCAUACUUCUAAGAUCCUGGGAGACCUCCUCGCCACGUCCCUUUCAGGGCCACGAGACGGGCUCCUGUCAAGGUUCACCCCGCUGGGAAUGGCGGUCAAAGCAUCCGGGCUCCCCGUGGAGUUGGCAGUGACCCUCUACAUGGAGCUGGAGCAGUUUGAGCGCCUGCACGUGACGGCAAACUGCCUGUACAACCUGACCACCCUAUGCCGCUUCUUCACAUUCCCGCGGUCAGACUGGGUCGUCGCCGGCCACGCGUUCUCCGUCCACAGCUGGACCGAAUGGGGGUCUAGAUUCGGGGCCCUCAGCAAGGCUGAUGCGGCUACUGCCACCAGACUGGGCGUCACGCGCCGGGACAUCGAGCAGGCCAUCUGCGGCCUGGUGCCCGACCCGCGCACCGUGGACCUCCACACCCGCUUCAUCAUGGGGCUCGUGCUGAGGCAUCUCCUGCUCGAGCCCGGGGGGUAUUACCAGGUCGAACGGGUGUGGGGGAACACUCCGGGCAUCUUCUCGGAGCAUGGCGUGAUGCGAGGCGACCUGGAGCUGCUCAAGGCAGGCGUGGCAGAAUGCGCGAUCAAGUGCUCGCGGAUGAGCAAAGCGGCCGGGUGGGCAGAGACAGCAAGGAUGCUGGGGAAAUACGCCGAACGCCUUGACGGAGCAGUCUGUUAGCGCGCGCGCAUUGCGGGCAGUAUCAUGCGCGAAGCUGAGUGCAAGCGGAGCCGUC